AUGGCAACAUCACAUAUGACCACCACCGUCUUCUCUGCCAUCGUCAUCAUUCUUCUUUCCUCAGCCAUGGCCGCUCAGAGCAGCGGCGAUGUCGGUGGCAAGAAGCCCAAGCCUACUGACUUCAUGCUGGAAGCGUGCAAGAAUGCCUCGAACUGGUCCAAGAGCUACAACGAAGGUUACAACUACGUGACCGCGGAAUUUUGCAUCUCGACCCUCCUCUCCGACAACCGGAGCGCCGACGCCAAGGACCGUCGCGACUUGGCGCUCAUACCCGUCGACAUCCUCAAGGAGCGUGUUGUCACCGCCGGUGGCAACGUCAAGAAGAUGCUGCACAGCACCAAGAACAGCACGUCGACGACAGCACGCCAUCUCAGAAUCUGCGAGCUGGACUACACGGCCACCGCGGGCAUCCUCAGCUUCUGCGACGCCUUGAUGAGGGACUACCAGGGUGACAGGAGAAGCGAGGACGAAGACAACGACGGGCCCCUAAACUUCGAGCUGCCUGAAUGUGUGGACGAGGCGAACGAGGCCUGGGGCUACUGCGGGCUUGCUCUUCUUCAUAUACCGGGGGCGGAGGCGCUGGUCAAGGAAGGCGAUGAACUACAGAUGCUGAUGAAUCUCAGCAUUGCCUUGCUAUCACCAUACAGAGAUUCAUGA